UCCCCGCCCGUCCGGUGUCGGAAGACAAAAAUACAUAGUGAAGAGAUGAGUCAGCCCAGGCUGGAAGCGAGGAGCAGACCGGGUCCGGAGAAAGGACACGAUGUGGAGGAUACUGUUGCUGGUCUCCUGUUUCGUCCUUCCCUCUCUGGGACAGGAUGAUAACAGAGAAGAAGGCCAAUUCAUCGAGCAGUCGGAGAUCACCAUUCCCCUCCCUGCGUUACUGACAGAGGAAGAAGCCAUCCCAAGCGAUGCAGCAGAAUACCCCUCGAGGGAGGUGCCGAGUGUCUCGUUCCCUCUGGAACGUCCGAACACAGACAACAUCGACUCCGUCUGCCAGUACCUGGGUCGGCGGAAGACUUACCCUCCCGGGUCUCUGCCCACCACGGGGUUUGGGCACCUCCAACGUCAGGCCGACGCGCUACAGAGGAUGGAGGAGAGUUUCGCCAGCUGCUGCCGCGGGCUGAACCUGGAGGAGCGAAUGGAGUGCGCCCUGGGCGGGUGGAGGGAGUCGCUGGAUCAGUUCUGCAAGGAAGAAUACUCCAUCAAGACCAGGGUGCACGAUUGCUGCCGAGAGCGGGAAGAGGACAAGCGACACGAGUGCUUUGCCCUGGCUGCCCCCUCUCUGAGUUACCAGCCUCUGCCUGAAGGCACUGCGUUACCAGAUCAAGAUGAUAACAGAGAAGAAGGCCAAUUCAUCGAGCAGUCGGAGAUCACCAUUCCCCUCCCUGCGUUACUGACAGAGGAAGAAGCCAUCCCAAGCGAUGCAGCAGAAUACCCCUCGAGGGAGGUGCCGAGUGUCUCGUUCCCUCUGGAACGUCCGGACACAGACAACAUCGACUCCGUCUGCCAGUACCUGGGUCGGCGGAAGACUUACCCUCCCGGGUCUCUGCCCACCACGGGGUUUGGGCACCUCCAACGUCAGGCCGACGCGCUACAGAGGAUGGAGGAGAGUUUCGCCAGCUGCUGCCGCGGGCUGAACCUGGAGGAGCGAAUGGAGUGCGCCCUGGGCGGGUGGAAGGAGUCGCUGGAUCAGUUCUGCAAGGAAGAAUACUCCAUCAAGACCAGGGUGCACGAUUGCUGCCGAAAGCGGGAAGAGGACGAGCGACACGAGUGCUUUGCCCUGGCUGCCCCCUCUCUGAGCUACCAGCCUCCUGUCGACACUUUGCACGGGAAGAGCUCGACCUGUCUGCCUGAAGGCACUGCGUCACCAGAUCAAGAAAAUUCCCAUUGUCAGUAGCGCCCGCAGCCGGUCUGUGGGGAAGCGGAGAGACGAGCACAUCGUCGAGCAGCGUCUGCGGGGAGAGAGAGAGAAAUGGAGAUGCUGCUUCUGGCUGAAUGAGAAUCAAGUUUAAUCUCGCCGGCGUAUGUCGUGAAAUUUAUUGUUUUGCAGCAGCAGUACAGUACAAAAUAUAAUAAUAAACUAUAACUUACAGUAAGCAGUAUACAUUAAAACUAAACUAAGGAAGUAGUGGAAAAAGAGAGCAAGAAGAUAGUGAGAUAGUGUAUGGUGGAUUUAUCCUGCAGUCAGAAAUCUGAUAAGUGGGAGAAAAUGUUUGUGGAAUAUUGAGUGUGUCUUCAGGCUCCUGUACCUCCUUCCUGAUGGUAGCACUGAGAACAGGGCACGUCGUGGGAGAUGGGAGUCCUUAAUGAUGGAUGUUCCCUUUUUGAGGCAUUGCCUUUUGAAGAUGUCCUGGAUACUGGGGAGACUAGUGGGCGUGAAGGAGCUGGUUGAGUUUACAACUUCCUGCAGCUUUUUAUGAUCCUGUGCAGUGGCCCCUCCAAACCAGAUGGAUACCAAAGGCACACCUCUGGUAGAGAAUGUUCGGUUGUGACGCUGACUGUCUCCACCGAUACCGAUGACCUGCUGAGAGUUUCCUGUUUAUUUUAUGCCAGUCUCCCAGCGUCUGCUGUUUCUUUUGACUGGGAUUUUGCUGGUUUCUUUGCUUUGGGUGAGUUGGUCCCUUGCUGAGUCGCCUUAAAUUCAAUGCCAAUAAAGGUAAUUUUCAGAAAAAUAAACAA